AUGCUGCCGGCCAAGCUGCGCGCGUGGGCAAAGUGCGGCGCGUGGCGGGCGCCGCAGCGCGCCUGCCCCCCCUGUUGGCUGGGGCGCUCGCCGCCGGUGCCGCGCCUGGACCUCUCCUUCGUCACGCACCUCUUCCUUGUCAACCCGAUCGACGACGAGGCGCGGCUCGCGCAGGUCGUCGCGCGCGCUCACCGGAUGGGCGCCACCGCGCCGGUGCUGGUGGAGCCGAUGCUGCUCUGGGACGACUAG